CAGGCAAAUCAGCUCUGUAAUGGAGGAAGAUAAUCUGAGUGACGAAAGUGGGAAUAUGGACGAUUCUGACGAUGAUUACGAGGAACCAGUAGCCUCCACUUCCCAAGAUUCAAUUCCACACAACUUUGCUCAAAAUGAUGACAUACCACAGCGGAAGAAGAAACGGAAGCGAAAAGAGGGUAGAAAACGCAUCCGGAAAAUCUUAUCGCAACAACAACUUGAUUCGGAAACUUUGAGUGCCCAAAAAGAAGAACAGGAGAGGUUACGACGUUUGGAAUUGCAGAAAAGUUUGAACACUGUACCAACGGCUCGGAUCACGCCACCUUUGAACUCACCAAAUCUCGACACGGUUAAGGUCCCCGACAAGCCUGUGUUAGUCAACAUUCCAAGCCAGGUUACAGAUAAAGUCAUCAUGAUUAUUGACGAUAGUGAUGAUGACUGUGAUAUUGUAGAGAUGUCACCACGUCCUGUUUCGGGAUGUGUUAUUAUUUCUGAUUCUGAAUCAGAAGAGUCUAACGAGGAAGAUAACGAGGCAGACGAGGAGCCAGAGAAUAGCGGCAGCCAUACUAACGAUGAUGUCAAUCAGCCUGAUGCUCAAGGACGAGUCUUAGUGAAUGUGAAUCAUCCUCCAAGCGAACCUGAUAUAUUUCUUGCAUCUCAUCUUUGUACCUUGGUUAAACCUCAUCAGGUAUUGGAACUGUUGAAAAGGGCAUUUUGCAAUUAUCUUAAAUAAUCAUUUAUGCUUUACUAUAAUAACAGAAUAUGUGGUUAGAAUAUACAUCUGUCGUUCACCACAAUGACCAAAGUUUUUGCAGUUGUCUAAUUGUAAUUUCAUUUUGUUUUGAAAUGUUUCAGAAACACCAUUUAGCAAUGAAAUUUUUGAUAUAGUGUACUUGUAUUUUGUCAUGGUACAAUUAAGUCUGAUAUCUAAGUCAAAAAUCAGUUGCCGAAGUUGUGCGGUAUUUUAUAAUUCGAUUAAGUUUGCCACAUGAAACGUUUGUUGUCUAAACCGGGCCUAACUUUGCAUUUGUUGUCGUUGUUCUGGUUUUAGAUUGGAGGAAUAAGAUUUCUUUACGACAAUUUGGUGGAAUCCUUAUCUCGUUAUCAAGCGAGUCCAGGUUUUGGCUGCAUCUUAGCACAUUCCAUGGGACUCGGCAAAACAUUGCAACUGAUUUGUUUUAUUGAUGUGUUCCUCCAAUUUACCAAAGCAACGAAAGUUUUGUGCAUUGUUCCAAUGAAUACCAUUCAAAACUGGUUCAAUGAGUUCAAUAUGUGGUUGCCAGAGGCAUCAGAAGCAGGUGAAACGAGUGAAGGAUUGACGGAGGAAGGACAAGAGAAGCAAGGUCGGACAUUUCAAGUUCUGUUGCUCAGUGAAAGUGUCAAAACCACUGUGGCUCGGUCAGCUUUAGUAGGUAAUGUCUUAUGAGAACCUGUUGUGUUUGAUAGAGUCAAACUAGAAGCAUCAUUGUGAUGGCGGCAAAAUUAAAAUCAGAUUAAGUGUGUACAUUGCAGGAAUCAAUGGACCUAUUCCCUAAUGAACAAAAUUUUGAUCUAGACAAGUCUAGACAAAAAUUUCAUCAUAGCUUGAAAGAACAUCGCAAAAUUAGUAAUUUACGUAUCAAUUUCCCGCGCGUAAUGCAAAAUGACUGAAAAACGGCAAACUUCGCAGGGCUAUAUUAUCCGCAUUUUACAACAUUUCGCAACGAAACUUCGGAAUAUUACUAAUUUUGUGAUGCUCUUUCAAGCUGUGAUGAAAUGUUUGUCCAGACUUGUCUAGAUCAAAAUUUUGUUCAUUAGGGAAUAGGUCCAUUCCUAGGUGCAGACGUAAAACUCGCGUGCCAUUCACACUUCACAAUAAAAAACUAAUUUGUUUCUAGCCAAGUGGGAGAAGCAAGGUGGUGUAUUGCUGAUGGGGUAUGAAAUGUAUCGCAUACUGGCAAUGUAUACGCCAUCACUGGUGAACAAUGCUAAACUGACUGGGAGUAAGCGAAAGAGAACCAACCCUAACACAACUGAAGUUAUUGAUCUCGAUGAAGAGGAGAAAAAUAUGGAUCUCUUGCUCGGUAAAUAUCACAGACACUUUACACAAUGUUGAGGAUGUACAUGUUAACUUGCCAAGACGUAGCUUGUAUUCCUAAACAUUGAUAAACUGUUUGUAGCAUUAAUUUAGUGCUAACAUUUAGGCACCCAGUAUAUGAUGGACAUUCCUUAUCGAACAUUCUGUAUGUUAUUGAUAUCUCUUUAGAAAUUCAAAAAUCUCUUUGUAAACCUGGUCCAGAUCUUGUUGUCUGUGAUGAAGGUCAUCGUAUUAAAAAUAAUCAAGCGAAUAUUUCUCAAGCUUUAAAGAAAAUCCAUACCAGGUACUGUACCUACAAGAUUUAGUUAUAUACAUGUAUAGAUGUGAAGGCACAGUCCCUCAUAACUAUGUUAACAUAUUUAUAAAAUCCUACUCUGAGUGUAUAUCCACACCAGGAAAAAUCCUACUCUGAGUGUAUAUCCACACCAGGAAGACCACAACUGAGCUAUGUGGUCAGAUCGGUUCGAUUACAUUGAUAUCGAAGGAAAUAGAUUCUGUUCCGAAAUAUCACAUACUCGAACCGAUCUGACCACGUAGCUCAGUUGGCAGAACAUUGGGCUAGUAUUCCAAAGGUUGUAGGUUUGAUUCCCACCGUGGUCAGGCAUAUUUUUCAAGCUUGCCCGGUGUGGAUAUACACUCAGAGUAACAUCACAAGCAUCAUAUUCACCUGAGUACAUUACACCAACACAGAAACAAAUCAUGAUUAUAAGAUUACAUUGAUAUCGAAGGAACUAGAUUCUGUUCUGAAAUAUCACAUACUCGAACCGAUCUGACCACGUAGCUCAGUUGGCAGAGCAUUGGACUAGUAUUCCAAAGGUUGUAGGUUCAAUUCCCACCAUGGUUAGGCAUAUUUUUCAAGCCUGCCCGGUGUGGAUAUACACUCAGAGUAACAUCACAAACAUCUUAUUCACCUGAGUACAUUACACCAACACAGAAAAAUCAUUACUAAAUAUUUAUAAAAAUUAUUUUCCUUUUUUUAUUUUGUCAGGCGUCGUGUAGUCUUGACUGGUUAUCCAUUACAAAACAAUCUCAUGGAAUAUUGGUGCAUGGUAGACUUUGUUCGACCAAACUUCCUGGGAACGAAACACGAGUUUUCAAACAUGUUUGAAAGACCGAUUGUUAAUGGGCAAUGUGUGGACAGCACAGCUUCUGUAAGUUUUUAUGUUGGAAACUGGAAUGCCAUCCUCUGUAACUUGCAAUUAGUAUCAUGUUUCAUUCGCUACUCUGGUUUAAAUAAAUGAUUACAAACCCCAGUCGAAUUGUAAUCAAGACCCAACUUCGACAGGGCUUUGUAAUCAUUUAUUUAAACCAGAGUAGCGAGCGAAACAUGAUUGAUAUACCUGGUUGCAGUGAACGAACAAACUUUAAAUUGCAAUGAGUAGUUUGCUCCAAAUUUCUUACUUUGGUUUGAACAAAACUUUUAUUCCAGGAUAUCAAAUUGAUGCGUUUCCGAGCACAUGUCCUGCACAGCUUAUUGGAAGGCUUUGUACAAAGGUAAAUCAUUCGGAAUUGUACUUCAGAAUUGUGCCAGUUUUAUUAUGUAGUUGAUGUAAAAUCUAUUGUAUUUUUUUAUGUGUUUAGGAGAAGCGAGGCAAUCCUCACAAAGACGUUGCCGCAGAAGGAGGAAUAUGUGAUUCAUGUUAAAAUGACGUCCAUUCAAAUGUCUUUGUACAAAUCAUAUGUGUCGUCCGUCAAGAAUUAUGUUGGAUAUAUCAAUCCUAUUAAAGCAUUUGGAAUAUGCAUUAAGGUAUGGGGUUAUAUUACGUAUACUAUGUUUGCUGAACAUACACAUUGUUCUUGUUCAAUGGGGUUGCAAGUUUCCAAAUGUCUUCAAUUUUGUGUGUUUUUAUUACGUACUGGUGUCAUUUUCUCAAUUUAUUUUGCCAGAUUUGGAACCAUCCUGACAUUCUAAAGAGUUACCUGGACAGUAGGAAAGAAGCGAACAGAAACGACUCUCCUCUGGUGAGUCAGAUUGAAAAUGUAUAGGAUUAUUUUUAUACUGCUCCCAUUGUAUGUUUUCUAUCAUAAUUGAUGUUUGUGCUUUACAGUAGUUGUGGAGACUGAUGGGGACUGAUGAGGACCGACAUACUCUAAACAUUAUUAAAAUUAUUCAGGGUGUCCAAAAUCCGGCAUCUAAUGUACUUGAGACAAGAACGACGUUAAAGACAUUGCUAGACUCAGUGAAACAAACUCUAUUUAUUUCAGACUGUAUGUGACCCUGACCUGGACAUUGGAGUCACUUUGAGCAAGAAAACAAAAGAGCCAAAGAAUGACGUCAGACUGCAGCCUGGGUCUAGCUCGGAACCCACGUUAAUUCCACCUGAUUUGAAAGCAAUGGCUAACUCUUCUGACUGGGUAUGGAUUUCAUUAUUUAUAUAAGGCCGUGUAGGUUCAUAAAAUAAGAUGGUGCUACUUACAACGGACAGAAUUUCUUUCCAUUUACGUUGUAAGAAAGUUUGUAAAAUCUACUGUUGUUGUUGAAAUUGGCAAAAGUGGUCCGUGAUGUUUUAAUCGGUACCGUAUGGUAAAGUGGUUUUAAAUAUCCCCAAGAGUUGCUGAAAUAACUUUAAUUAGUUAAUAUUUUAAUGUCAGUGCGCAUUGUGAGCGUGUGCUCGCCUUGUAUUUGGUUGCAAAGCAUAGAACAACCACAGGCAUUGUCCGUUGUUGUAGAACCGUGAAUUUGGCUAUUCAAGGUAAUUGACAUGUGCACACCCUGGUCAUUUAGAAACACGCCCAAGAUCUAGAAUCCUAGCUAAGACCAUGUACGUGGCAUAUAAUAAUACUUGCAGGCAUUUGUCUAUGAUGCAAUUGCAUUUCCUGAAAAACAAGAAGAACAAAUGUUGAUGGUUGAUGUCAAAAGUCUAUAACUGAGCUUUUUUGGCCACGUAUCAACAGGGGGGAUUGUCAAUAGACUUCGCUGACUUAAAUUACCUUCAGCAUGUCCGGUGGACUUCAUACCGUACAACAUUCAAUAAACUGUUGAAUAAACUGUUCCUAUUAUUUUGCGGAUAUUGGAAAUCCUUGGUAGGCAUUGAAAUUCUGCACGGUGGAUUGUAUUAAUUCAUCUGUUUACCAGGUUGGUGACUUGAUGGACAAUUAUGAAGCUGGUGUUUUACAACAUGGUGCGAAAAUGGUCUUGUUGAUGGAAAUCAUUGAGAAAUCUGUACAACUGGGAGAUAAAAUGCUCGUAUUCAGGUGAGGAUAUUGUUUAAAGUGUGACAUUUUCUUGUGCCCUCGUAUUUCAUAUUUCUUCAUCGUGUUUGUUCUAUUUCAGUCAAAGUUUAUCGACGCUCAGCAUUAUUGAAGAUUUCCUGAGGAAACGUGUUGUUCCGCCAUGGCCAUCUCAACUCAUCUUUCAACCAGUUCAUUGGGAGAGAAACAAAAAUUAUUACCGUAAGAACCAGUUGGAAUGCCAUGGAAAUACAAGAAUUAUGUAGAAUAUAGUUGUAGUUCAACUCUUUUUAAUGUAUUUAUCACUCUGAGUAGUUUAUACUCGAAUUGGGAUAUAAUUCUUGGUGGAUAAAGGGCUCAUGAUAAUUUUCAUUGUUGUUUAGGUUUAGACGGUGGUACUUCGUCACAAGAACGUGAGAAAUUGAUCACAGCUUUUAAUUCAAAAACCAACAAGUCUGUUUUUCUUUUCUUGCUGUCGACAAGGUGAUGCUUAUUAUUAAUGCGUCGUCUGAUUCAGUUCAAGCUGUGGGAUAGCAGAAGCAUCUCAGUAAUACUGACACAUUCUAAUUAUAUAUUUAUUAACACAUUCGGUAACAUACAUGUACAACUUACCCAUGUGGAUGGUUAGGUGCAUUGGGUGGGAGGCCUGCCGUUUGUAUACCAUUACUUAUUCAGCCGACAGGUCAAGCUUCCAAGUAUUGACCUGACCACCCGUUUGCACCUAUCACACCGAAUUACUCGGUGGAACGCAAACAAACGAUGAAGAAUUAAGAAUCAGAGUAACCAGAAAUGUUUUUUUUUCUAGCUUGCGCUUACAACUGCUUGUGCUUCCUGCCUUUAACGCCUAGGUUCGGCCCAUGCUCCUCCGCUAUGUUACCUUGUUGUUAACCUUGCUUAUUGCAUAACCUCAUUUAUUUGUAUAGAGCAUGUAGUCUAGGUGUUAAUUUGAUUGGUGCAAAUAGAGUGGUUAUAUUUGAUGCUUCCUGGAAUCCAUGUCAUGAUGCACAGGCUGUUUGUAGGUAAGAGAUAUUGAAAACAUCAAGAAACUGCCUGAAGGAACUAGCUUUCCAAACACUAUGGCUUUGUUCAUAUUGGAUAGCUCCACCAGUUCUAAACUGUUCUUCGUACAAGUCAAGUAAGGACUUUUUCGUAUUGGCGCGGUGCUACUACAGGAGGGUAAAUAAACUAAACUAACGUUUUAACGUAGAACUCCAGUAAGUGCCAUAUUUUAUUGGUCCAGUGUUACUACACUACAGCCUAUUGAGUCAAACUUGAAGCUCUCCAUUUGUAACUGGAGUGAAAUUCUAAUCAGACCAAAGCAUAUUGCAUGAAUCCAAUUUUGCUUUCUGUUGCAUUGUUAGAAAUAAUAAAAUCUAUUUCUUAACCCCGGAAUUGAUUGAUGUUAUUUGGCAUGAUUUAGAAUCUACAGGUACGGGCAAACAAAGAGAUGUUUUAUUUAUCGUCUGGUCAGCCAUGGAACGUUUGAGAAACGAAUGUAUGAACGUCAGGUCACCAAGGAAGGAAUGUCAGGUACUGUGAAGGAAUGAUUAUUGAAAAAUAAUUAACUUUGCAUGGCAUCGCUCAUAUUUCUCAAAAGUGGUUCUUCUUUUAAUCAUUUGAAUUUUCCCUAGAUCGUGUUAUUGACGAAUUAAAUCCUGAAGCAAAUUUAACGAAACAAGAAGUUAUGCAUCUCUUCAAAGAAGUACGAUUUUUACAGUGUAACAUGUUGUUACAAACCCCUUUGAUCCCCUCUAUAGAUUAUGACAUCCUAAAAUCUUGAUUGAACAAGAUAUUUUUCUUUAAAAACAGGGCAGUGAUGAGGAGGACGAUGCUCUUGUUAUUUCAUCAGAUGCUUUUCCGGAUGUCGUUUUGAAUCAUGUUUGUAGAACAUGUCAGAAAUCUAUAUUUGAGGUAACAUUUGUACUGAACUAUUUUUACUGGAUAGCUUUAUCAGUUGCAAACUGCUUUCCCAAGAGGUCCAGUAGAAGUCAUCUUGGAGAAAACCUAAACAAAACUAUCGUUUUAUCUUUUUUUAGAUUCCAUUUAAACAUAAAUUGCAAUCUUCACAUAAACCAAAGAACAUUCUCACAAAAGCCGAAAAACGCGAGGCAAAGAAAGGUUCUAGACAAAUCUUUUUCACUGUAUCUUGUCGCGAUAUACCAGAUACUUCUUUGUAUGCAUGAUUGUCUGAAGAUAAUGAAAUGCAAUUACAAGUAAUACUCAACUGUAUAAAUUUGUAUAGGUUACGAACGUGAGAAGCGCGCAAGAAAUUCUGCAAAUAAAUACAACUCUUCAUCUACGACCUGUUCUCCACUGGUCAGGUAUGUCUACAGGCUUAUUUAUACUUAUAUUAUAAACUACUUAAAAACUGACUGAGAUGUUUAGCUAGUUAUCUCUGGGUGACUUACAUUCUCCAUUAUACAUGUACUUCAUACUAAUGUCAAUAUAAUCUCAAAUCGUAAUAUCAAUAGAAAUCUAUGUUUCCUGCCCUUACGCUAAAGCAAAUACGAAUAACAGUUUAAAGGCUCAAAAUAGUUGAUUCUUAAAUCACAGCUUUUUCAUUCUUCCUCCUUGUAGAGAGCAAAUAAGAAAAGAUAUAACCAACCGUCCUAUUGGUCAUGUCAAACCAAUACAGAAUAUUCAGGCUAGUUCCAGUUCUCUUGUAAGGCCUCCUUUAUCCCUUCCUGCUCCACUUCAACCCCCAGUAAACCCAUUUAGAUCCAAUCUACCCUCGAUGGCCCUCAUGGCAGGCAUGACCUUUCCGCCACUUCUCAAUAACAGGU